CAAGAACUUCUGUCCAGUAAAAAGUAUUAUGCAGCAGGGAAGAUGUGUGCUUGGUCCAUCAUGCACAAUGGGCCAGGACCACGAUGUCUCAAUCGCCACCUGUAUCUUUUAAUGUGUGGCCAGGACCCAGAGCUGGAGGGAGUCAGCCUUGAGAUCUUCUUUGACCAGGACCUCAAAUCAAGAAUAGAAAAAGUUGCCAACUGCAGCACUCCCCAAGACCUCGAGGAGGUCAAAGAAAGCCUUGGCGACUGGAUAGCGGGCUGUGGAGCCCCACAUAUCUACACAGCUACACUGGAUGACAUGACACGGAUAAAAAAUGAGUUGGUUGCUCAUUUUCUGUUCCACCGGGUUGCAAGUGUUGUCCAGCAGUUUAUUGCUGGAAUGGAUGCAUGUGGCCAGUUUUGGCAAAUGGUGAAGAGGUUUUGGAAGCAGUUCCUUCCUGUCUUUACGAACACGGGACAAAAACUCACAAGGAACAUCUUCCAAAACCUCUUCACCAUUGCCUGGAGUCCUCUGGGGAGCAACCGUCGUGAUGCUGAGGAGGAAACCAUCUUCUUGUGGGAGUGGUGGCUCAUGGCGAUUCAAGAGCAAGAGGUGGACCUUACAUUCGAGGAAGUACUCGUCUUUGUGAGUGGAGCCGACUGUCUGCCCCCGUUAGGCUUCUCCCAGGGGUGCACAGUUGAAUUCUUUGACCAAGAAGUAGGAACGCGGCGCCUGCCCUAUGCAUCCACGUGUAGCCUGUCCAUCUUCCUUCCAAGGGGAGUCAAGGAAGAAGCAGAUUUUAGAGAACUGAUGGACACCGCCCUGAGGGGUUCAUUGGGAUUUGGGAAGGUGUAGGUCAGGGCUGCUUGACGUAGUCCGUUAUCUCCCCUCCAAACCCAACAGGACACACACACAGGUG